AUGUUGACAAGAAGGAGUUUAUAUCGUAAAUUCAGAAGUUGUGUGACUACACAGUUACGAAGAAGCAGUGAUGGUUGCGACCCAUGCCAAUCUAUUCCUCCAGCCCCGUGCCCUCCGUGUACGCCGUGCCCUCCGUGUACGCCGUGCCCUCCGUGUACGCCGUGCCCGCCGUGCCCGCCGCCGCUUCCUCCCUUCUAUCACUACCCCAGAACCGCUUACAAUGUCAAAUUCAUAUACGUAAAUGAUCAAAUACCCACCACCAACCUGAGGGAUUUCGUGGACCGAGUAUCUCAGAUAUGCUUUUUUACGGAACUUUUCAGAGGUUUUGCUGUCACCUUGGGUCACAUAUUUAAAGAGCCGGCCACGAUAAAUUACCCUUUCGAGAAGGGUCCGCUCUCCCCCCGGUUCAGAGGUGAGCAUGUUUUACGCAGAUAUCCAAGUGGGGAAGAGCGAUGCAUAGCGUGUAAGCUAUGUGAAGCCGUUUGUCCGGCGCUGGCCAUCACAAUAGACGCGGAAGAGCGCGCCGAUGGCUCACGGCGCGCUACUCGCUACGACAUCGACAUGACCAAGUGUAUCUUCUGUGGAUUUUGCCAAGAGGCCUGUCCGGUUGAUGCAAUCGUAGAGGGGCCCAACUUUGAAUAUUGCAAAGAAACUCAUGAAGAAUUAUUAUAUAAUAAAGAGAUAUUGCUGACCAAUGGCGACCGAUGGGAGUCAGAAGUUGCUAGCAAUAUUAGAGACAAUCAUUUGUACCGCUAAGAAGACAAAUGCUUCUUU